UAUUUCCAUAGUGAAUCUUACAAAGUAUUUACAACAAUCAAUUAACAACAACAAUCAAAAUGAAAUACGCAGUAGUGUUUGUGUUUGUAGCAUUAGCUACCAUUGUUUACGCAGUGCCACGACCAGAUGGUGAAACAUAUCCAACGAAAUACGAUAAUAUCAAUAUUGAUGAAAUCCUCAGCAAUCCUCGUUUAGUGGACAAUUAUAUUGCAUGUGUUGAAGGAUCCGGAAAAUGUACACCAGAAGGCGAAGAAUUAAAAAAACAUUUUGGAGAUGCUCUUAAUAACUGCUGUGAAAAAUGUUCUGACAAACAAAAGGAAGGAGUUAAAAAAGUAUGGGCUCAUUUGGAAAAGGAAAAACCAGAAAAAUUAAAGGAACUUAAAGCUAAACAUGAUCCAGAAGGUACCAAAGAAAAAGAAUGCAGAGAAAAACAUGGAUUGUAAAAUGUAAUACUUAAUAACAAUUUUUUGAAUAGCAGCUCAAAUUUUUCUAUAUUUUAAUUUUUGUUUUUAUUUUCAACUUCAUUACACUAAAAUGUACCUGUAAUUGUCAAUUACUAAAUUUUACAGAAAUAAAAGUUUAUUUUUUUCCCUAAAGUAA